AUGGCCAACUACGGCCCAUAUUUUGUUCAGACAAGAGAUGGUACUAGGAGAGUCAGCAUAUCCACUGAACAAAAGCUUACAUGUGCCAUGAGGAUGCUCGCGUAUGACAUCACAGCUGACUUCUACGAUGAUUACCUAGAUAUUGCGAAGUCCACUGCCAUUGAGAUUUUAGAUCACUUCACGAAAGCAAUUUGGAAUGUAGAUAAAAGGCACUAUGGCCAAUGUUAUUACCUAGUUGAUGGCAUAUACCCUAAAUGGGGGUCAUUUGUACAAGCAAUUAGAAACCCGAGGACGCCGCAGAGACAACAUUUCACAAGGAUGCAGGAAGCAUACAGAAAAGAUGCGGAAAGAGCAUUUGGUAUUCUCCAAGCUCGUUGGGCAAUCAUAAGAGGACCAACUCGUGGGUGGAGUAAGGAGAAUCUUCAAUACAUCAUGAUGACGUGCAUUAUCUUGCACAAUAUGAUUGUUAAAGAUGAACAUGAUGAAGAUGCAGCAGAUCCAUUUAAUCCUAAUGAUAUCCCAACCAGACCAAAGAAAGCAGGGAUAUAUGCCAGACCAAAAAUUGACACCGAUGUUAAUCGCAAUCCUCAAUAA